UGCGUGGCCACUGAUUUUGCGAACAACUGCCAAUGCGACAUGUUUUGUAUAAAAGCAAUCAGAACUCAUUACAAAGGUAUCAAUUUGAAAACACAUUUUAAAGUGUUCACAUCUCCUCUGUAGUAAAUUUAUUACUUUAUAACCAAAUACUCAACAUGAAGUUCGUUGUUGCCGUAGUCAUGUUGGCUCUUGCCUUCGGAACUGAAUCUUCAGUCAUCCCAUGGGCUGCCCCUCUCUCCUACACAGCUGUUAGUGGACCUGGAGUCGUUGCCGUCGCCCCAGGACAUCUUGGCUCAGUGGCCAUCCAAGCUAAAACCAUUGCCGCUGCCCCAGCUGCCGUGGUCGCUGCUCACGCUCCCGUUGCCCCUCUAGUUGCUGCUCACGCAUGGGGUCCAGCUCCUGCUGCUGUUGCUGUUGCCGCUGCCCCAGCCGUAGUUGCCCACGCUGCACCAGCUAUUGUCGCUGGUCCAGCUGUUGUUGCUGCUCCAGCUAUCGUUGCUGAAGGUAGCUACGUCGCCAAGACCCGUGGUGCUGUCCAUGUUGCUCCACUGGCCGGACAUGCCAACUCAGCUGCAUCAAUCAACCUGCAACCAGCCCCAGGUACCAUCUAAAUCUAUGACCCAAUUUUUCGUUUUAGUGGACACGAUGCUACCAAAUCUGUUGCAAUUCAUUCUGAAACCACUUUCUCUUGACUUCUAACUUUCCUUACUAUUUUUAUUAUGAUCUCCUCUUUUCCACUUGCAACAUGUUCAAUAAAUAAUAUUAUUUAUUAGAGA